AUGUUCAAAAAUCAGUACGACACCAAUACAACUACGUGGAGCCCCACGGGCCGGCUGUUCCAGGUAGAGUACGCCAAUGAGGCGGUGAACAACGGCUCGGCUGCGGUUGGUGCGAAGAAUAAAGAUUUUGUUGUCUUGACUGCCCUGAAGCGCAGCCCAGUGGCGCAGUUUUCGUCCUACCAGGAGAAGGUGUUCAAGUUGGAUGAUCACGUCGGUAUGGCAAUAGCGGGUCUUGUCGCGGACGGCCGCAUGUUAGCCCGCUUCGUGCGCACAGAAUGUAUGAACUAUCGCUAUAUGCACGACAGCGAUAAUCCUUUGCCGCUCAUAGCGGAAAUUGUUGGAGAGAAGUAUCAGCGCCACAUUCAGUUUGCAGGGAAGCGGCCAUUUGGUGUGGGUCUUUUAAUUGCUGGCUAUGACAGCACGGGGCCUCAUUUGUAUCAUACAGUCCCAUCUGGAGACGUAUUUGACUUUAAGGCAACGGCCAUGGGUUUGCGCUCACAGGCUGCUCGUACAUAUUUGGAAAAGCACUUUGAAUCCUUCCCAGACUGUGGCCUUGAUGAGCUUAUUAUGCAUGCAUUGAAGGCACUUGCGGCGGCAACUUCGGGAGGCGCGGAGCUAAAUAUAAAGAAUACAACGAUUGCCAUAGUAGGAAAGGGCACACCUUUCAUGGUUCUCACGGAGGAGGCAGCGCGGAAGUACUUGGAUGGUUUUAAGAUGCGUCCAGAGGACAUUCCCCCCGCUCCGGAAGCUGAAGAGGAGGAAACUCUGCAAGAACGCUCCUUAGAUGUGGAGGAGUGA